CGCGAUGUGAGCCCGGGCUCGGCAGCGCCCGCCGCCCCGCGCCCAGGGAAGAUGCUGAGCAGGUGGAUGAGUGGCAGCAGCAGGAACCUGGACCGCGAGUACAACUGCACCGUGCGGCUGCUGGACGACAGCGAGUACACCUGCACCAUCCAGAGAGAUGCCAAGGGCCAGUACCUGUUCGACCUGCUGUGCCACCACCUGAACCUGCUGGAGAAGGAUUACUUCGGCAUCCGCUUUGUGGACCCCGACAAGCAAAGGCACUGGCUGGAGUUCACCAAGUCGGUUGUGAAGCAGAUGCGGGCCCAGCCCCCCUUCACCAUGUGCUUCCGAGUCAAGUUCUACCCCACGGACCCCGCGGCGCUGAAGGAGGAGAUCACCAGGUACCUGGUGUUCCUGCAGAUCAAGAGGGAUCUGUACCACGGCCGGCUGCUGUGCAAGACGUCGGACGCGGCGCUGCUGGCUGCCUACAUCCUGCAGGCUGAGAUCGGGGACUACGACCCGGGGAAGCACCCAGAGGGCUACAGCUCCAAGUUCCAGUUCUUCCCCAAGCACUCGGAGAAGCUGGAGAGGAAAAUCGCAGAGAUCCACAAGUCAGAGCUGAGUGGGCAGACACCGGCCACUUCGGAGCUGAACUUCCUCAGGAAAGCCCAGACUCUGGAGACCUACGGGGUUGACCCACACCCGUGCAAGGACGUGUCCGGCAACGCCGCCUUCCUGGCCUUCACCCCCUUCGGCUUCGUCGUGCUGCAGGGCAACAAGAGGGUGCACUUCAUCAAGUGGAACGAGGUGACCAAGAUGAAAUUCGAGGGGAAGACUUUCUAUCUGUACGUAAGCCAGAAGGAGGAGAAGAAAAUUGUUCUCACCUAUUUUGCCCCGACACCAGAAGCCUGCAAACACCUCUGGAAGUGUGGGAUCGAGAACCAGGCUUUCUACAAGUUGGAGAAGUCGAGCCAGGUGAGGACGGUGUCCAGCAGCAACCUGUUCUUCAAGGGGAGCCGCUUCCGCUACAGCGGCCGCGUCGCCAAGGAGGUGAUGGAGUCCAGCGCCAAGAUCAAGAGGGAGCCCCCCGAGAUCCACCGGGCCGGGCUGGUGCCCAGCAGGAGCUGCCCCUCCAUCACGCACGGCCCCAGGCUGAGCAGCGUGCCCCGCACCCGGCGGAGAGCCGUCCACAUCUCCAUCAUGGAAGGCCUGGAGUCCCUCCGUGACAGCGCCCACUCGACCCCGGUGCGCUCGGCUUCCCACGGCGACGCCUUCGCGGGCCCGGGGCGCAGCGGCCGCGCCGAGAGCAGCGAGCGGGUGGCCGUGAUCGCGGACGAGAGCUACAGCCCCGCCGACAGCGUGCUGCCCACGCCCGUGGCCGAGCACAGCCUGGAGCUGAUGCUGCUGUCGCGCCAGGCCAACGGCGCCCCGUGCAGCAUCGAGGAGGAGAAGGAGUCGGAGGCGGGCACGCCGGCGGCAGAGGCGGAGGGCGAGCUGCGGGCGCUGUGCCCGGGCGCCGCCGGCCUGGGGCCCGCACAGGCCCAACAGGUGAAUAAGUUUCUUUUAAGUGUCCUCCGUUUGCUCCUUGUGACAGUUGGACUCCUCUUUGUUUUGCUCCUCCUCCUGAUCGUCCUUACCGAGUCCGACCUUGACACUGCCUUUUUCCGUGAUAUCCGCCAGACCCCAGAGUUCGAGCAGUUCCAUUACCAAUACUUUUGUCCCCUCAGGCGAUGGUUUGCCUGCAAGCUCCGCGCCGUGGUAAACCUGCUCAUUGACACCUGAAGGCAGGAGCCGCCGCGGGGGCCUGGACCUGCCGCCGGCACUCACUAACCCUCCCCUCCCGACCCGGGCCCGGCCGGCCGAGGAGGCGGCUUUCCGGGAGGAAGAGGAGGGUGGGCGCAGCCCCCGGAGCCCCCUCCUCCCCGUGCUCCCAGCCCCGGAGCCCGCACGGCACCUCCCGUCCCGACCCCACGCUCACGACUGGGGAAGCACCGAGCAGAGGGGAAUUCUUUGCUCUGCCAGCCCGGCCGGGGCUGGCGGGGCCGUUCCGCAGGAGCUUUAGCAAUGGUGCUACUGAGGUUUCAUUUAACACUCGUGUACUGUUUCGGUAUUCAAUCCGCACUGUGCCCGCCGCCCCCGCCCUCCACGAAGCGCUUGGCAGAGCCCUCCCUGCCCACCGGAGCCUCCCAGGAGGUGCCCGAGCUCUCGGGGCGCCCCGUGCCCUCUCCCCGCAGCGCAGCGCAGCGCAGCCAUCCGGAGCCCUCGCCCUGCUGCGGACUCGGCCCUUCGCCACUCUUUUAAGCCUUGAAGCAUCGGUGCUCCCGAGGGCAGGGGAGCAUGGAAGCCAGGGGACGCAAACCUGGCGUGGAGCUGAAGUGACUGUGUCAGAUUUAUUGGGAUGACCUUUACCCUCCGCCAGUUGUACCUGUUUUGUAAAAAAACCAAGCAAAAAGAACAAAAAAAAAAAAACCAAAAAAAAAAAAAAAAAAAAAAAGAGAGACAUUUCAAGGUCUAUUUUAACAAGGAAAUGCUAUUUUGUUAUCAGAUCUAAUCCAGUCUUUUUUUACUUUACGGACGGGGUGACCGUGGGUGCCGGUACCGAGCGGUUCCCUGUGAGCAAUGGUUUAAGAGCAAACGCCGGGAGCCCAAGGCCGGCCGAGCCCUGCUGGGUUUGGGACACAGGAGGAGCUCUGCUUUUGGGACUCUUCCCAAGAGGACACGAGUUCAGAAGCGCAGGUGACACUGAAGAAGCCAACGGACACCUUUAGCCCCGACCAUCGUUGAUUGCAAGUCAAUAAACCCAACUCAUCGUGAGGACCCCCGGACUGGAGCAGCAGCCCAUCCACAGGGAGCAAUAACAGCCAGUUCUGGUUAGGUUGGGGUGACAAGUUGGACACAUCAGCAAAAAAAAAAAAAAAAAAGAAAAAAAAAAAAAAAAAAGAAGGGUAGAAACAGCUGAGCAAGUUUAAUUUCAUCUCAGGGAGAGAUUUUUCCGUAAGCUGGGGCCAUAACUGCAGUUUUACAAAGCCUGAUGUCCGUGUUGUCUUUGAGCAUCCAGCACCCACCGCUGGGCGGGACGGUGACCUUGGGCCGCUCCUUGUCACUGCAAUAAGGGGAGAGGUCCCGUGGGGGGCACAGUCCCCCUGCCCGGGUCACAGCCCGCUCACAGCACGAGGCCGAGGAGGGUGGGGUCCAGCCCCGGCUCCGGAGCACGGCAGGAGCCCGGGGAAGUUCCAGGAGCCCCGGGGAAGUUCCAGGAGCCCCGGGGAAGGCUCCAGGAGGCGGAGGAGCAGUUUUUUUACAUGAUAAUCCUGUUUUAUGCAACAUAGCAGAAUUAACUCUUAGUGUAGUGUUCCUACCUCAGCCCAUAGCGCUGAUGUUUCUAUGCAGUUGUGCUCGUCCCGACGCUGACAUUUUUUACCCCGGGUUAACGCUGCAGUGUCGUCCUUCCUCCUCCUCCUCCUCUCCUCACUGCAAUGUUCUGUGUGACGUGUGACAGCACAGCUCCAUCCUUUUCGGACACGUCCUCCGAGCCCCAGCUGGGCCCCUCCACCUUGGCUUUCCUCGGGUGACGCUCUGUGCCAGCCCCAGGUCACCUCUGCUGUUGUCCCCCAGCGUUUUACUGCAGAACCACGAGAACUGGUGAUUUUCCGUUGUACGUUUCUCCCGUCGGUCCCAGAUCCUGUCGUGUGUUUCAGGCCCUGUUAGUUCUGCCCGUCUUUCUAUCAAAAUGUUGUUUCCAUAGGUUCUGAGAGCAGAAACCCAUGAAUCUCGUCCUAGCAUACUGCAUCUUUCAGCAGUAGACAGUAAAAUACCUGAAAAUGUGAAUUUCUUAGUUUUCAUAAAGAAAACCUAGAGAUUAACCUUUCAUGUGCCAAAUACUGUAAGUUACAUUCUUUUUUCCUUCAAAAUGUACCUUUUUCUACAUAUCCAAUACCUUAGUUAGCAUAAAAUCAUUGGUGCCAUGAAAAGUAUUUUUAAAUUUAAAUAAAUAUUUAAAUAUC